AUUAGCCCCGUACCUACUAAGUACCUUACUAACCUAGGCUUAUGAACCGCGGAUUUAGUAUCCGCGGUUCCUAAACAUGAAGAACGAAAUCUUGCUCCGGUUUCGGUUCAUAAAUCAAAUUACGCUCAAUUGAGUCAUUCCCUCGUCAGCUGACUUUAUCAGCUACGCAUGAAAAAUAUUUCCGAAAAUUAAUCCCGUUGAAGUUAAUAAAAGUUAUCUGAAGUAUCAAAUGACAAGUACCUUGAUUAUACUUUCGCUAUUAAUUAAACGAUCAAGUACUUUAGUUCCUAUAAAAUGGGCUAGUAUCAAAGGGGUAGUGUUAUUGAAAUUAAUCGGUGGUAGAGUUCAGAUCAAAAUGAAAGCGUUUUUCGUGCUUUGCCUGGCUACCUUAGUCUACUCUAAAAGCUUCGUGGGUCGUCCGAAGACACAAAAUGUAAAAAGAUGCGUCAAUGUGUGGGAUGAAGGUUGUAUCAACGGCCAGUUAAAUGGAGCUGGUAGCGACGACAAUUUCCUAAACGGAGGGUUCAACCCGGGCAAGCGAUGCGUCAACAUGUGGGACGAGGGUUGCAUCAACGGACAACUUGGUGGAGCUGGUGGUGAUGACAAUUUCUUGAAUGGCGGCUUCAACCCGGGCAAGCGAUGUGUCAACAUGUGGGACGAGGGCUGCAUCAACGGACAACUUGGUGGAGCUGGUGGUGAUGACAACUUCUUAAAUGGAGGUUUCAACCCGGGCAAGCGAUGCGUCAACAUGUGGGACGAAGGUUGCAUUAACGGACAACUUGGUGGAGCUGGUGGUGAUGACAACUUUUUGAACGGCGGGUUCAACCCGGGCAAGCGAUGCGUCAACAUGUGGGACGAGGGUUGCAUCAACGGACAACUUGGUGGAGCUGGUGGCGAUGACAACUUCCUAAAUGGCGGCUUUAACCCCGGCAAGAGAUCUCUACAACUACACGACCUCCUCGUAAAGUUACAGAAGUUGCACAAGAAGAAUUAAAACUGAAUCAGCCUGCAAAGCUUUGGAAACUUUAAACUUCUUCUAUUUAAGUUUAUUUUUCAAUGUUUUAAGUUUAUCAAUCUCUCGCCUCUUUUAAAUUUAAGAGGAGGGAAGAGAUAAAUUUUUCAAUUCAAAGUUUUGUAGGCAAACACCAAACGCAAACUAUAUUGUCUAGUCUCAUCUUUGUAAACAAAUAAACAUUAAAAUUUAAACAUAA